CUGUUUGAGAUGGAGAACGUUUUUACUGUAUCAUCAGAUCCUCAUCCCCCUCCUGCAGCCCCUCCUUCACUUUCUUUACCUUUAUCUUCAUCUUCUACCUCAUCUGGGACUAAAAAACAAAAGAGGACCCCCACGUAUCAGAGAUCUGUAAGUCAGGGAAACAGUCAUCCCAGCUCAUUUUGCUUUGUGUUAAGAGCAUGACUUAGGAGGGCCACUCACUUUGGUUGAAGUAACCUGCAAACUCACUUUCUAACUUCUCUAGGCAUUUCCUUCACCCUGAAUCAUGAAAGAUAAGUAGUUUAGGCCUUGCUACUCAUAGUGUGUCCAAGAAUCUAAAGCAUUGGUACCACCUUGGGAGCUUGUUAGAAGUGGAGAAUCUCAAACUUUAACUCCUGCCUCCACUGCAAUCAGUAUUUUGUAUUUUAGCCCUAGUUCAGAACCCAGAUUGUAGAGGUAGGCCUUCUUGGUUUAAAUCCUCUACCAUUUAACUUUGGUAAGUCAUUUAACCUUUCUGUGUCUGUUACCUCAUUAGUAAAAUGAGGAUAAUAUUACUUUCUCUUGGGCUUUGUAAAAAAUUAAAUGAGUUCAUGCAUGUCAAACAGAAGAAUGUCUAGUAUGAAAGAACUAGAACUUAAUUACCUACAGAUUUAAUGGCUUUGAUUUGCAUGGUUUGGCCAUCCCAUGUACUGUUUAACUACUCAUACUUGGGUUUAUUGUUCUACAGUCUUAGUCUUUUUAUUUUCCUAAAGAAAAAUAUUUUUAUUAAUAGUGCCCAACAUCACAUUUAAAUGAAAAUGCUUCUUAAUAAGUCAAAUUUUCAAUGGAAGAGUCUAAAACUAGUAAAGAUGUGGAUAUGUUGCUGUCAUAGUAAAUCAGUUAUAGACCUAAUCUCUCCUAGGGAUUUUUCCUCUUUUAUCCAUCGCUUACAUUAAUAAUUUGUUUUUAUGGUUUUACUCAAAUAAGGCAAAAUGAAAUCUCCAAUGUGAUAGACUGUAUUUGAUGAUCUAACAUGUUCCAUUGCAUUAUAUUUAAAUAGCUCUUUUCACUAAAGAAUGUUUUCCUUUGUUUUACCUGAUCGUAGAAGCAAAUGACAGUAUUUAGAGAUUUCAUCAGCAUCUGAAACGGGUGAAAAGAUUUCUUUAAAUAUACUGUGAAAUGAUUAAAACAUUUUUAGAUUUGAAGAGUUUUUGUUGUCAUGGACUUCUGUCUUAGAAAAAUCCUGUUUUCUAAGGGUUAUCUUUCACUGAAGAAUCUGUUGCAUUUACUCUAAUAUUUUGUAGUUUGAAAUAAGUAUUGCAUACAAAGUUUGUUUUGUUUUCAUCUCUACUAAUUUAAGUAAUUGCCUUUGGAUGCAUGGCUUACCAAAUAGUGUUGAUUUCUAUUUAAGUUUCAAAGUAGGUGUUAGCAAAUUUCUUAAAGAAGUGUUUUGGUAGUCUGGGUUGCCAUCCCUUGAAUAUCAGUUACCUUUGUUCUGAAAUUAUUGUUUUAGUAGUAAUUUGAAGUUAACAUAAAGGCAGCUUAUACUUAACAUAGUUGCUUUACCUUAACACUAAACUCCAGAAAUCCUAUUUGUCUGAUGAGCUUUGAUCCAAACCUUCUCCAUAACAAUGGACACAAUGGGUACCCCAAUGGUACUUCAGCAGCACUGCGUGAAACUGGGGUUAUUGAAAAACUGCUAACCUCUUAUGGAUUUAUUCAGUGUUCAGAACGUCAAGCUAGACUUUUCUUCCACUGUUCACAGUAUAAUGGCAACCUGCAGGACUUAAAAGUAGGAGAUGAUGUUGAAUUCGAAGUAUCAUCUGACCGGCGGACUGGGAAACCCAUUGCUGUUAAACUGGUGAAGAUAAAACCAGAAAUCCUCCCUGAAGAACGAAUGAAUGGACAAGAAGUGUUUUAUCUGACUUACACCCCUGAAGAUGUCGAAGGGAACGUUCAGCUGGAAACCGGAGAUAAAAUAAACUUUGUAAUUGAUAACAAUAAACAUACUGGUGCUGUAAGUGCUCGUAACAUUAUGCUGUUGAAAAAGAAGCAAGCCCGCUGUCAGGGAGUAGUUUGUGCCAUGAAGGAGGCGUUUGGCUUUAUUGAAAGAGGUGAUAUCGUAAAAGAGAUAUUCUUUCACUAUAGUGAAUUUAAGGGUGACUUAGAAACCUUACAGCCUGGAGAUGACGUGGAAUUCACAAUCAAGGACAGAAAUGGUAAAGAAGUUGCAACAGAUGUCAGACUAUUGCCUCAAGGAACAGUCAUUUUUGAAGAUAUCAGCAUCGAACAUUUUGAAGGAACUGUAACCAAAGUAAUCCCAAAAGUACCCAGUAAAAACCAGAAUGACCCAUUGCCAGGACGCAUCAAAGUUGAUUUUGUGAUUCCUAAAGAGCUUCCCUUUGGAGACAAAGAUACAAAAUCCAAGGUGACCCUGCUGGAAGGCGACCAUGUUAGGUUUAAUAUUUCAACAGACCGACGUGACAAAUUAGAACGAGCAACCAACAUAGAAGUUCUAUCAAAUACGUUUCAGUUCACUAAUGAAGCCAGAGAGAUGGGUGUAAUUGCUGCCAUGAGAGAUGGAUUUGGUUUCAUCAAGUGUGUGGAUCGUGAUGCUCGUAUGUUCUUCCACUUCAGUGAAAUUCUGGAUGGGAAUCAGCUUCAUAUUGCGGAUGAAGUAGAGUUUACUGUGGUUCCUGAUAUGCUCUCUGCCCAAAGAAAUCAUGCUAUUAGGAUUAAAAAGCUUCCCAAGGGCACGGUUUCGUUCCAUUCCCAUUCAGAUCAUCGUUUUCUGGGCACUGUAGAAAAAGAAGCCACUUUCUCUAAUCCUAAAACCACUAGCCCAAAUAAAGGCAAAGAAAAGGAGGCUGAGGAUGGUGUUAUUGCCUAUGAUGAUUGUGGGGUGAAAUUGACUAUUGCUUUUCAAGCCAAGGAUGUGGAAGGAUCUACUUCUCCUCAAAUAGGAGAUAAGGUUGAAUUUAGUAUUAGUGACAAACAGAGGCCUGGACAGCAGAUUGCAACUUGUGUUCGACUUUUAGGUCGUAAUUCCAACUCCAAGAGGCUCUUGGGUUAUGUGGCAACUCUGAAGGAUAAUUUUGGAUUUAUUGAAACAGCUAAUCAUGAUAAGGAAAUCUUUUUCCAUUACAGUGAGUUCUCUGGUGAUGUCGAUAGCUUGGAACUGGGGGACAUGGUCGAGUAUAGCUUGUCCAAAGGCAAAGGCAACAAAGUCAGUGCAGAAAAAGUGAACAAAACACACUCAGUGAAUGGCAUUACUGAGGAAGCUGAUCCCACCAUCUACUCUGGUAAAGUCAUUCGCCCCUUGAGGAGUGUUGAUCCAACACAGACUGAGUACCAAGGAAUGAUUGAGAUUGUGGAGGAAGGGGAUAUGAAAGGUGAAGUCUAUCCAUUUGGCAUAGUUGGGAUGGCCAACAAAGGAGAUUGCCUGCAGAAAGGGGAAAGUGUCAAGUUCCAGUUGUGUGUUCUGGGCCAAAAUGCACAGACUAUGGCCUAUAACAUCACACCCCUGCGUAGGGCCACAGUGGAGUGUGUGAAAGAUCAGUUUGGCUUCAUUAACUAUGAAGUAGGAGAUAGCAAGAAGCUCUUCUUCCAUGUGAAAGAAGUUCAAGAUGGCAUUGAGCUACAGGCUGGAGAUGAGGUGGAAUUCUCAGUGAUUCUUAAUCAGCGCACUGGCAAGUGCAGUGCUUGUAAUGUUUGGCGAGUCUGCGAGGGCCCCAAGGCUGUUGCAGCUCCACGACCUGAUAGGUUGGUCAAUCGCUUGAAGAACAUCACCCUGGAUGAUGCCAGUGCUCCUCGCCUAAUGGUUCUUCGUCAGCCAAGGGGACCAGAUAACUCAAUGGGAUUUGGUGCAGAAAGAAAGAUUCGUCAAGCUGGUGUCAUUGACUAACCACAUCCACAAAGCACAUCAUUAAUCCACUAUGAUCAAGUUGGGGGGAUUCUGGUGAAGGGUUCUGAAUAUCCUCCUCUUCAUCCCUCCCAAAAUCUGGAAUACUUAUUCUAUUGAGCUAUUACACCAGUUUUAACACCUUCCUCGUGUUAUGUUUAAAAAAAAUAAAUAAAUUUAAGAAACCAUUUUAAAAUUAUGCACAGUUGCAGCCUGGAAAACUUAAGGUGGCGCCUUAUAGUAUCAAUCUUAGGAGCUUUAUUUGGUGCAUUUAACGCAACUGGUAAUUGCAAAAUCCACUUCGCCUGUGUAAGUGAAAAAUAUAGACUGUUAAUCUUGUUGGCCCUAUGAAAUUCUGCACUUGGUAUUUAGCAUAUACUCUACCUUCAUUACUAUCUGGCAAGAUGUUCUGCCUUAGCACUCAGUUGCAUUCUUUUCCUUUUCUUUCCUGUUCAUUAUGCUUUAAUUCUGAGGACCAUAUGAGGGUAGAAUAUAUUAAAAAUUACAAAAAUUAUAAAAAUUUGUAUAGGCAAACCAUUUCCUUAAGUUGAUGGCCAAAUGUUAAAAUGUUAUUUUUCAUAUCAUUUAUAAUUUUGUCACAGUCCACUUAACGAAGUUUGGUUAGAUUUCAGUGAAAAUUAUCUUCCAGAGUAGUUUUUUUUUUUUUUCCUGGGAUUAGGGAGGGGGGUAACUUUACUGCAAUUAGUAUGUAUGGUGCAGAAUUUCAUGCAAAUGAGGUGUGCCAGCAGUGUGGUAAUUUAAUCGUAUUUAAACAAAAACAAACAAAAAAAAAACGAAUGCACAAACUUGCUGCUGCUUAGAUCACUGCAGCUUCUAGGACCCAGUUUCUUUUACUGAUUUCAAAACAAAACAAAACAAAAAAAUAAAAAAAGUUGUGCCUGAAAUGAAUCUUGUUUUUUUUAUAAGUAGCCGCCUGGUUCCUGUGUCCUGUGAAAUACAGGCACUUGACCCUUGGUGUAGCUUCUGUUCGACUUUAUAUCACGGGAAUGGAUUGGUCUGAUUUCUUGGCCCUCAUCUUGAAUUGGCCACAUCCAGGGUCCCUGGCCAGUGGACUGAAGGCUUUGUCUAAGAGGACAAGGGCAGCUCAGGGGAUGUGGGGGAGGGCGCUUUUAUCUUCCCCGUUGUCGUUUGAGGUUUUGAUCUUCUCUGGGUAAAGAGGCCGUUUAUCUUUGUAAACACAAAACAUUUUUGCUUUCUCCAGUUUUCUGUUAAUGGCGAAAGAAUGGAAGCGAAUAAAGUUUUACUGAUUUUUGAGACUCUA